ACAGACAAGGACUGUGAUGAGCUGUUAAAGUGACAAUGUCAUUGAGUGAAUGUUAGUACACUAAAUUUACCGACGUAUAGAAUGGACGCGCCAGACAGCACGUGCGGGGUCAUUACACCAUUAAGAACAAUAAUCGAUGAAUCUUGAUUACCGCUGUUAUUUAGAAACAUAUUUAUUCCAUACACAAGAUGACGAUGCCUUGACCACUUUAGUUUUCGCCAACCAAUGGAGAGUGUUUAUUCAUUUUUAUUAGCACUGCACCUGGUAAAUAAGACCUGCAAGGCCCGCUGUUCCUUAUGAGGAGUAAAGAGCUGCAGUGUUCAGCGAUCUUUGGAUACUUCGCCACUUUUGAUAACUCUUUCGCCAGUCUCCAUGAUGUAUGGGUUGCUACUAGAGAGUAUACAACAUUACAUCAUAGAGAAAUAUGGAAGGGAUCACUGGAACAAAAUCCUUGAGCAUGUUCAGCAGAAGAACAUUGUUUUUACUACUCACCAGAUUUACACUGACGAUCUAGUGAAAAGAAUCGCCAAAGGAUGUUGUCACGUGUUCAACGAGCAAAAACGGGAAGACGACUACAUGUUGUUCUUUGGUCAGUGUUUUGUGAAAUUCUUUAAUCACUGUGGAUAUGACCAAAUUGUUCGUCUUCAAGGACGUCACUUCCGCGAUUUCUUACACGGUAUUGACAACCUUCACGAGAUGAUGCGGUAUAGCUACCCUCGGAUGGUUAGUCCGUCCUUCCUCGUCCAGUCGGAGGACCGAUACGGCUGUGUUUUAAGUUACCGCUCUAAACGAACUGGAUUUAAGAACUACGUAGCAGGACAGUUAGCACAGUGUGCCAAAAUGUUUUACGACAUUGACAUAGAACUCGAGAUCUUGUUGGAGGAACUUCUGACUACCGGAUGCAAUGUGACGUUUAGGAUUAACUUCGACAAUUCUGCCUACUGUACUCCUUUGCAAGCUUCGGUCCUCAACAAUUUCUUUGACGACAUCGAAUACAUUUCAAACGAACUAUUCUUCAAGGUUUUCCCGUUCAGCAUUGUGUUCAAUAAAGACAUGGUCGUGACAAUGACGGGAGACAGAAUGUCCAAAUGGCUAGAUACCAACGAUUUGAUCGGCUCUUACAUCGAUGUUCGAUUCAAACUCAGACGACCGAUAUUAGAGUUCACCUGGGAGAGUAUUAUCACCCAUCAAACGGUUGUGUUCGAACUUCAAUGUGCCAACCUCACCCCUCGGAGACAUUCCAUUGCUUCAAUUAUGACGUCAUUCAAAGAAAACUUCCUCACUAGUAAACAUAAACUCAUUUUUCGCGGACAGAUGAGGUACAUUCCGUGUUGGGACGCCAUUGCUUUCCUAUGCAACCCACUAGUUGGCUCCCUGGAUGAUAUGAGACGGGUCGGCUUGUACAUUAACGACCUCAACCUCUUUGACUGUAGCAGGGACAUAGUUCUUAAUGGCUGGCAAUAUGCAUCGCAACUGGAAUUCUCCCUAGAACAGCAACAAGACAAGAGCAAGCUGAUAGAGGAGACCAUGGAGAAACAAGAGGAAUGGCGGAACAAGAGCGAGGCACUCCUGUACUCCAUGAUCCCCAGAACUAUAGCGGAGAGACUGAAGCGAGGCGAAGAUCCGGUCAAAACGUGCGAGAUGUUCGAUCAAGUGACGAUAUUAUUUAGUUACAUCGUGGACUUCACCGACAUUUGUGCGGAGGCGUCGGCCAUGCAGAUAGUUAAAUGCAUUAACGCUGUGUUCACUUGUUUUGAUGCCGUGGUCGACAAGUAUGACGUGUUUAAGGUGGAGACGCUAGGGGACGCUGUGUACAUGGUAGCGGGUGGAGUCCCGGACAGGAACGAGAACCACGCGGUCAAUGUGGCGGGGCUCGCCAUAGAACUUGUGGAGAAGGCGGCCAGUCUCACCGACCCCGUUUCCGGGGACAACCUCCAACUCAGGGCCGGUAUGCACACCGGAAGUGUGGUGGGAGGGAUCGUUGGUAAGAGGAUGCCACAGUACUGUCUAUUUGGGGACACGGUAAAUACAGCUUCAAGGAUGCAGUCCUACAGUGAGCCAGGGAGGAUCCAUUUGAGUGAACCGUGCCACGAGUGCCUGAGGGGGAAGGGGUUUACCACUGUCUUUCGUGGAACGCUUAACGUCAAGGGUAAGGGGGAGAUGAAUACUUAUUGGUUGGCGGGUAGAGAUGGAGAAAAAAGAACAAAAGUUAUAUGUGAAUUAUUAAAAACUGAAAAGGCCAAAAAGAUGAAAACACAAUAUCGGUACACCGAUGUAAAACCGUUUUCAUUCUUCCAUGCAAAACUGAGCUCGUUCGACAAUGGAUUUGACCUGCAUGGAAUGCACAAUAUUACGAGUUCUGCUAACUUCUCACUGCUUCAGGCGGCAGCGGAGCAAGACGAGGCUGAUCACAAAGAAUCAAAACCAAAAGCAAAGCCAAAACGUGCGCUCAAAAAGACCAAUUCCAGUUCCUUAGACGCUGUAGCAGAAAAUUCCUCAGAUGAGCAAUCAAACCCACGACCUGUUUUUGUAUGAGAUACAAUAGACAUGUCUGUGUGAAAUACUUUGUAAUCAUGGAUUACAGGGCCUUUAUAUUUCAUAUCAAAGAUUACAUAACGAAGUGAUGGCAGUGACUUGUGCCUUCAGGAAGGACAUUGUGUAUUGAAAAUAAAUUUGUUGGAAUUUUU